UUAAACGCGAAGAAGGCACGAUGGGAGGACUUAAUUCCGUACCUGAUGACCAGAGAUACAGAGAACUCGCCGACAAGACUGGAUUUUCUCUUGAGCAGAUUGGGAACCUUCACAACCGUUUCAAACAGCUGAGCCACAAUGAAGACACACUUCGGAGAGAUGACUUCAGUAAAAUCCCAGACCUGGCCUGCAAUCCCAUUCGAGCAGAGAUUAUAGAGGCCUUCUUUGACAAAAGAAACUUCCAGUCCCAUGGUGUGGGGACUGUAGAGGAGAUUGGCUUUGAGGAGUUCCUCACUAUCAUGUCCUACUUCAGACCGCCAUCACUGAAUAUGAGUGAGGAACAGCGCGAGGAGCUCAGGAGAAUCAAACUUCGCUUUUUGUUCAACAUGCACGACACUGACAACGAUGGAACUAUCACCCUGGAAGAAUACAGACAUGUGGUGGAGGAGUUGCUCUCCCGAAGUGGUGCUCUGGGCCGAGAGACGGCCAAAGGCAUCGCAGACGCAGCCAUGCUGGAGGUGGCUAGCAUCUCAAUGGGUCACAUGGAGCCAGAUGAAUUCUAUGAGGGGAUCACUUUUGAGCAUUUUUUAAAGAUCCUGAAGGGGAUUGAGAUUGAGACCAGAAUGCACAUCCGAUUCUUAAAUGUAGACACCACUGUCCUCUGCAAGUGAACACAUCCCUCUUCCGUGACAGUGGUGUAGAAGACUGUUACACGAAAGUACACUUCUGGCUGCCGCAAACUAUAGCACACUAUAUGCACACUAUAGACUGAGAUUAUCCUUCUUUGCAUUAUCCAAAUGUGUCAGACUUGAUAGACGGUUGUCUUUCAGUGGUUAUGACCACUAUUUGUUAGAUCUAGUCUAGUAGAUGAGUACAACUUGGAAGGAUUUUAAAGAAAAUGUAAUCUGAUCCGGUUCAAGAACAGAUUUAAAGUUAACUCCAUCACUAUAUUAUGAUCUUGCCUUGCAUGUACAUAUUUCUAUACAUAUAUUAUAUAUAUAGAUAUAUAGACACACAGAUUGCCUUAAUAUAGUGGCACCUGUCUUCAAUGGGACCACCAGUUCAAAGUCUUGAGGCUCACUUAGUUUCAAACUUGCAUUUUAAUCAGUAUCCUCCAGGGUGUACUGUUGUUCUUUGAAGAUUCUGACCGGCCACUUGACAAAAUCCCACAAGUAAGGGGGUUAAAUGGAAUUCCAUCCUAAAUGGAAUCUGGAGAAGCAGAGUAGCAUAAAUCUAUGCCAAUGUGACAUCAGAAGUUCAUGAUGUGAACUGAAAGAUAUGCUGCUGAAUGUCUUCGGAGUGUUGGAAAGAUUAGAAAACACACAGGCAAAGACAAUGACUCAGCAGCGCUGUAUAACAGUGACUGUAGAGAAAUCUGCAGCACUUAAUUCCAAUGCAUCAGAUAAUUCAAUAGAAUCCACUUCACAUUGGUUCCCCACUGACUCAAUAACAGCAUAGCCAAAGAAUGACUGUAAGCUUUUAAAACUGACUGGUCUCAUUAAAAAUGACACCCAGGUUUUAUAUAUGCAUGCUUGGUCAUUACCAUGCAUGUGCCAUUGCCUAUUCAUAUUUUGAAAGCAAUACCAAGUCAGUUCAGCACUUAUCUAUGCAACUAUAUACAUGUAGUAUGAGAAAAUCUAUAUGUUAAAUACACUAUUGAAAACUGAUAUACAAUAUCUAAGGUUUUAUACUGACUAAUCAUUCUGUUAGAGGCAUUGUCUGACUGUGCCUAUGAUGACUUGAUCCUUUGAACAGGAAGAAGAUUGAUGUUAAAACGUCCACACCUGUUGUGUGAUCAUAUGCCAACACCAAGUGGUAUUAAAUGCAAUGAAAUAUGAAA